GCCAAGCGCUGCAAACGGCAAUAAAGCAAAUUCAAUUGUGACUGCGGUUGUCAAACAAUUCUUGCGUGUCGGGUGUGUGCAGUAUCGAGUUCUGGCCAUAACUACUUCUGCUAAAAGCGAACGAGCUCGCAAACAAGGCCGAGCCGGGCACAAUUUUUGCUGUUUCACGGACGGACCAGGAAGGACCACGCAGCAGCGGAAAGGAGCGAAACGGAAAGAGCCACAUUAAAAUGGCUUUGAAUGGCUUUGGUCGGCGUGUCAGUGCGUCUGUCCUUUUAAUCGCCUUGUCGCUGCUCAGCGGAGCGCUGAUCCUGCCGCCGGCUGCGGCGCAGCGUGACGAGAACUAUCCACCGCCGGGCAUCCUCAAAAUGGCCAAGCCCUUCCACGACGCGUGUGUGGAGAAGACGGGCGUCUCCGAGGCUGCCAUCAAGGAGUUCAGCGAUGGGGAGAUCCACGAAGACGAGAAGCUCAAGUGCUACAUGAACUGCUUCUUCCACGAGAUCGAAGUGGUGGACGACAAGGGGGACGUGCACCUGGAGAAGCUCUUCGCCACCGUCCCGCUCUCCUUGCGCGACAAGCUGGUGGAGAUGUCCAAGGGCUGCGUCCAUCCGGAAGGCGACACGCUGUGCCACAAGGCCUGGUGGUUCCACCAGUGCUGGAAGAAGGCCGAUCCCAAGCACUACUUCUUGCCGUGAACACCUGGCCGAGCUCGCUCCGCGGAUCACCCGUUGCCGACCCCGCUCUAUUUAUGUGGUAGCUUAGUUUCUGCUAGUUUUCAAUAGCUGUCGAGUAAUAAACGUAGGUGAGUUGUGCAUGCAA